AUGUACGUCUCCUCCCCCCGCCGCCGCCGCGCUGUCCCUCCAAACCCGAUCCGCAUCCGCCGCCACGCCAAUAGCCCCCUCUCCGCCGGCCGAAGUCCCGUCCCAUGGACGCCGGACCAACCGACUCCUCCGACGGGACGAUCCGCCGAGUUCUCAACAUUCCCCGUGAGCCCCGCGUCUCCGGCCAUGAACUCUGCGACAACGGACGAAGACUGGUCGCCGCCGCCAUCUGCAGAGUCCACUGACUCUGUCAAGUUCACGGGGUGGAGACGAGCGGACGGUAGGCGGGGUGCGGUGGGUAUUAGUGCCGGCGUCCUGCCCAAGACAUAUACUAGCACACCUGUUGUUGGCCGCUCUGGAUCCGUCCUGGCUGGUGGUAGGAUCGGGGUUUCAAAGUUGAGCAGUAUCCAGGAGUUUCUAUACUCCCCUGGGCUCUCUGGAUCGCCUAGGUCGUGGCGGUGGUGGAAGGGUGAGGGAUACCGGAGGAUAAGUAAGAUUGACGAGGAGGAGGAGAGCGAGAGUGAGACUGACAGUGAUGAGGGUAUGACUCCGGACUGGAAACUGGAGAGGGUUCAAAGAAGGAGAACACUGGGAUUCAAGACAUGCGUUUGUCACGGGGGUAGCCGCGCGGAGUCACUGUUGUGGUGGAGGUACCCGCUGGUGGUUCUGCUGCUGGCCCUCUUCUGUAUGUUUGUUCCCUACUGGAAGGGGAGGAGCUGA